AGAAGGACAUGCCAAGCAGAGCUCUGAGGGCACGUGCCCGGUCCCCAGACGGCAGGUCACCAUUUCGGUGGAAACCAUCGUAUGGAGCAGGCUUCAGGGGCCCACGCAGCAGAUCCCAAGGUUACCUCCGUGGGUAUGGAGAGAGCAGCCGAAGGAUGAGCUACGCUCCGAUGCCCCAAGAGCGACAGAACCAGGAAGCAAAAAAGCUGGCCUCUGAGUCAGUUCAUGUGGUUUCACUGCCAUCAAGAAACUCCCAAGGACGGAGUCAACCUGUAUAUAGAUCAUCUUUAAUUAAGAGGAAGGUCACAGAGGAGGAAGAGGUGGAGGUGGCACAAGACAUAAGUGUUCGAGUUAUGUCCUCUCAGUCUGUGCUCGUGGUUUGGACAGACCCUCUGUAUGAAAAACAGAAGAGGGUUGCAGCAAACAGGCACUACAAUGUUCGCUAUCGGGAAAAGGGGGAAUCAGCAAGGUGGGAUUACAAGCGGGUGCCUCACCGGCGGGCGCUGGUGGAGAGUCUGCUGCCGGAUACCAUGUAUGAAUUUGCUGUCCAAAUCUUGGAGGGAGAAAAGGAAGGCAAGUGGAGCGUGUCUGUUUACCAGCGGACCCCAGAAGCGGCUCCUGCCAGUGCACCUGAAAAUUUGGACGUUUGGCCGUUGAAAGGCAAACCGACCUCUGUCGCUGCCUCCUGGGAUGCUCUUCCAGAGAGUGAAGGAAAAGUCAAAGAAUACAUUCUUUCAUACGCCCCGGCUCUCAAGCCAUUUGGAGCAAAGUCCAUCACCUACUCUGGAGCUACAACAUCAGCCAUAAUAGAUGGUCUGCAGGCUGGGGAGCGCUAUAUUUUCAAAAUUCGUGCAGCAAACAGGAGGGGACAAGGUCCUCAGUCGAAAGCCUUCAGUAUUGGUAUCCCAGCAGCUGCUCAGGAGGAUUCAAUAGCUCAGCAACAAGCAAGUAUUCAAGAUAAUUCAAAGGCCAAAACACCUGGAAAUGCUGGUUCACCUAGUGUUAGUGAUAAAAAGAGUCUACUUUCUGAAUAUAAGAAUAAACUCUUGGCUGGAGGAGGAGUCCUGAGUAAAUCUCAGUUACCUUCUAGAAAGACAAGUGAGUUGGAACCUGAUCUCCAAUCCACUGAAGUGACAGAUGAUCACGAUUCCUCCCAGGAGGCUACAGCAGCACCACCAAAAGCCCAGGUUCAGAGAAAUGUUGUUAGACCUUUGCCCCCCAGUCGGCCAGUCCACCCUGUCCUUGCUUUGGGACGGAUCCCCAUUCGAACCCAUCCAUCGGAGGGGUCACGACAGACAAGCACAGGUAAACGUGAGCCACUAGCACUGCUACCAUCCUCAACACAACGCUCUUCUGCCUCUUCUGUUCCGGAGUACACAGAUAAUGAAACAAAGCAACUGAGGCAAAGCAGCACUAAUAUUCCUUCUCCUAAAACCUCUUCCCAUGUUCUUCCUGCCAAAAAUAAUGAUCUUGCUCGUAGAAGUUAUGCUGAGCAUGACAGUGAAGAAGCAGAGGGCAGAGCAGAACAGUCCAGUUCUAGGUCACAGCAAACAAGGCUUCCCUCAGCCUCCAGUUCUCACAUGUGGAAGGAUUCAAAAUUGGCUGCUGUGGCGGUCUCAUCAAGGUCUGCUGUUUCUGGUCACACUUCACCUCACUCUCACUCCUUCAGUGCCAAAUCUGAGGGAAAGGAUGGUGAUAAGAAUAGGGAGGGCUCACAAGAUGAAAAGUCCUUGUCUCCAGCCAUUGCACGCAAUCCUUCUCUAUCCACUUCCAGGCAGUCUUCUUCAGCAAUCUAUUCUAAGAAACGAAAUCCUCAGAUAGAUUCCAAUUCUCACCGCAGAGACACGCAUGGUGAAAAGUCACCACACUCUGACUCAGAAGAAGAUCACAGUAGAACAGCUGCUCCAGAAAAGCAUUCUCCUUUGCAAUCCUCUCUUUCCAACCAUAAGCCUGAGGACCAGGACAGCCAAGAGAUAAGAGAAAAUCUUGCUCAAUCAAAGCCAAGUUUGUCUUUGCCUAAAAAGACCUUUCCCUCUCAUCUUCCAUCACAGAAGAGCUCCCAUUCAGAGGCUCCUCAGAGGGCACAAACCAGCCCAUCCCUACUUCAUUCUAGGGGACGGCGUCUUCCGUCUCCCGUCACAUCUCAGAGUAAUGAAGAAUUACAGGAAAAUGAGGAUGAGGAUGUGGGAGAAGGUAGGGACAGAGCAAGCACCCGGUCUGUGUCUCCUAAAGAGGUCUCCCCUUCUAGAAAUUUACCUGCCUCUUUCUCUCAGGGAAGCUCAAGUUUAUCAAAGCAACAGCAGUCAGGGUCUCAGGCACCAUCCUACAAAUCAAAACUUACUCAGCCAGACUCCAGUUCUUCCAGUGCUGCAGUAAAGGACAACCAUUAUAAUCCAAGGUUGUCAUCCCCUUCUUUGAGACAAACCCGUCCUUCAUUACCUACCCGUUCAAGGGUUGCUACGAGAACAGUGCCCCAAGCGGAGAAAAACUACGGCCUGCUGCCAUCAAGAUUAUCUUCAUCUAAAUCUCGUCAGUCAGGUUCUAAUGAAGAGGAUGAUUAUUAUAGUGAAUAUGACCAGAAAGAAUCAGAGGAGAAAUCCACAUCACCUUUGGCAGCAAAAUGGUCAGCUGUUUCUAGAGGUAACAAAAACACGUAUGAUGACACUACUAGCAAUAGAAGGAAAUCUAUGGACACUCUUCUACCUCACAAAGUAAGAUCUGAAGAAGAAGAGAAGGAAGAAACUCCAACGUUAAAAAUGCCUUCUCCUGAAUCACCAGGCAGCUCAGCUAUAGCAGCACGGAUUCCUCACUCCCCUAACAAACAUAUUCCAUCUAAACCAAGCUUCGUUUGGCCACGUUCCUCUGCGUCUACAACUACACACACUGUUUCUCCAACAGUUUCUUCUUCCACUCUGUCCCCUCGCCAGAGACUACUGAACUCCAGAUUACGGAGCCCUUCCCAACGACAGUUUGUUAGACCUUCUUAUAGGCAAGGUUACAAUGGCAGGCCAAAUCUUACAACAAAAAAUGGAAAUGGAAAAAUACUACCUGGUAAUAAUGGAAAACCAAGUGGACAGAGAAUAAUCAAUGGCCCUCAAGGAACAAAGUGGAUUGUAGAUCUCGACCGAGGACUAGUAUUAAAUGUUGAAGGAAAAUACCUCCAAGAUUCCCAAGGCAACCCUCUACGAGUGAAAUUAGGAGGGGAUGGACGUACAAUUGUUGAUGAGAAGGGUGCCCCAAUGGUGAGUCCUGAUGGAUUGCCUUUGUUUGGUCAUGGCAGAUUUAGUAAACCUGUAGCAAGUGCACAAGAUAAGCCAAUAAUAAGCCUUGGAGGGAAACCUCUGAUUGGUCUUGAAAUGAUUAAGAAAACAACCACUCCAUCAACUACUACAACUACCACAACACCCGCAACAACUACCACAACAACGACAACAACUACCACAACAACGACAACAACUACCACCACCACUCCUGAACCAACCACAACUGAACCACCCACGGAGAAACCAGCCCCUACCUGCCCUCCAGGCACCUACGCACAGUAUGAUGAUGAGGGCAGCUUGAUGCUAGGGUUCAAUGGCCUGCCCGAGUGCAAUGCAGAAGGAGAUACAUUCUCAGGACUGGAUUCAGAUGCGACAGCCACUCCGGAGGCGUACGUGGUAUACGAUGAUGAUUAUGAGUUUUUCGAGAGCACUUUGCCCCCAACCACCACCACUGUCACUACCACCACUACUUCUACAACAACAGAGUCGGAAAUUGUCUACCCAGAGACUAGUGUUGUUGGUACCAGCCCUCUGUCAGAAUAUGAUAUUGCUGGGAAGAAACGGUUCACUGCCCCUUACGUGACCUAUCUAAACAAAGACCCAGCAGCUCCCUGCUCCUUGACAGAGGCUCUAGAGCACUUCCAAGUGGAAAGCCUUGAUGAAAUCAUUCCUAAUGACCUUAAAGAGAGAGAGCUACGUCCUCUGAAGGCCCCUCACAACAUCACUGUUGUGGCAGUAGAAGGCUGCCAUUCCUUUGUCAUUGUGGACUGGGCCAAACCUGCUCAAGGAGACAUGGUGACAGGCUAUCUGGUUUAUAGUGCAUCUUAUGAUGACUUUUUGAAGAAUAAGUGGUCAACCAGGACUGCAGGGAGUACUCAUCUGCCAAUUGAGAACCUGAAGCCAAAUACACGUUAUUAUUUUAAAGUCCAAGCAAAGAAUCCCUUUGGUUAUGGACCUGUUAGCUCUUCAGUCUCAUUUAUCACUGAAUCUGACAAUCCCCUCCUCAUUGUUAGACCACCUGGUGGUGAACCCAUCUGGAUCCCAUUCACUUUUAAAUAUGACCCCACCUAUUCGGACUGCAGUGGCAAGCAGUAUGUGAAACGAACUUGGUACCGCAAAUUUGUAGGAGUGGUUCUUUGCAACUCACUACGGUACAAGAUUUACCUCAGUGAUGACCUGAAAGACACCUUCUAUAGCAUCGGGGACAGCUGGGGAAGGGGCGAGGACCACUGCCAGUUCGUGGAUUCACACAUGGAUGGGAGAACGGGACCUCAGACAUACAUUGACGCCCUGCCCACCAUCCGAGGGUAUUACCGGCAGUACCGCCAGGAGCCGGUGUCGUUCGGGCGCAUUGGGCACAUGACGCCCUAUUACUACGUGGGCUGGUACGAGUGUGGCGUCCCCAUCCCCGGGAAAUGGUAGCAGUCUGCUCCCCAUCCCAGGCAGCACGCACUGGCCAUGCUUUUCGGAUGAUUUCUACUGGAGGACUGUGAGCAGCUGAUUCGAAAAAGGAAGAAAUAAAGAGAAA